GAGAGUAGUGUUACCGCUGCAUGACACUUUCCCUCAAACCUGCAACACACAAAGCUUCAAAGCAGACAGAGCAAUGGGGAAUUAUAAAUCAAGACCCACUCAGACAUGUACAGAUGAAUGGAAGAAGAAAGUGAGUGAGUCAUAUGCAGUUAUAAUAGAAAGAGUGGAGGAGGACUUGAGAAUUAAAGAGGAGGUGUUUAAAGAUCUCAAACAAGUUUUCAGCUCAGAUGAGGCUUUCAAUAAAGUGAACCUGAAUUAUCGCACAGAGGGUGGACUGUCCCUGCUGCAUCUCUGCUGUAUAUGUGGAGGGAAUAAAGCUCAUAUCAGGGCACUCAUGUUGAAAGGUCUGCGGCCAUCCAGACUCACUCGGAAUGGAUUCACUGCUCUGCACUUGGCUGCAUACAAGGAUAAGGCUGAACUUGUUACUGCUCUGCUACAUGGUGGAGCCGACGUACAGCAGGUGGGGUAUGGCGCCCUCACUGCCCUGCAUAUAGCUACUGUGGCUGGCCAUCUUGAGGCUGUUGAUAUUCUCUUGCAACAUGGGGCCUAUGUCAAUGUCCAGGAUGCAGUGUUCUUUACCCCUCUUCAUAUUUCAGCAUACUUUGGCCAUGAGCAGGUGUGCAAGCUGCUGGUGAAAUUUGGGGCUGAUGUGAAUGUGAGUGGAGAGGUAGGGGAUAGGCCACUACAUCUGGCAGCUGCUAAAGGCUUUCUGGGCAUCGUCAAACUGCUGAUGGAUGACGGCAGCAAAACUGAUGUCAAUGCUCAGGACAACGAGGACCACGUUCCCCUUCAUUUCUGCGCUCGAUUUGGACACCACGAGGUCGUCCGUUUUCUGCUGCAGGGCAGCUUUGAUUUACAGCCUCACUCUGUCAACAUCUACGGGGACACACCUCUCCACCUAGCCUGCUACAAUGGAAAGUUUGAUGUGGUCAAAGAGAUCAUUCAGUUGUCUGGUACAGAGAGUCUGUCUAAGGAGAACAUCUUUAGUGAGACAGCUUUUCACAGUUCCUGCACCUAUGGCAAGAACCUGGAAAUGGUCAAGUAUCUGCUCAGUCAGAAUGCUUUAAGCAUCAACCAUCAGGGACGAGAUGGACACACAGGUCUACAUAGUGCAUGUUACCAUGGACACAUCCGUCUUGUCCAGUUUCUUUUGGACAACGGGGCAGAUAUGAACCUGGUGGCCUGUGACCCCAGUCGUUCAAGUGGGGAAAAGGAUGAACAGACAUGCUUGAUGUGGGCCUAUGAGAAAGGCCACGAUGCCAUUGUUACUUUGCUAAAACACUUCAUAAGACCCCAGGAGGACUCACCCUGCAAUGAAUACUUCCAGCCAGGAGGAGACGGAUCCUAUGUUUCUGUCCCCUCUCCCCUGGGAAAGAUUAUAAGCAUGGCUAAAGAGAAGGCAGAUGUGCUUCUGCUUCGAGCAAGGCUUCCAUCAAACUUCCACCUUCAACUGUCAGAGCUAGAGUUUAACGAGAUCAUUGGAUCAGGCUCUUUCGGAAAAGUCUACAGAGGAAGGUGCCGCAAUAAGGUAGUCGCAAUUAAACGCUACCGUGCAAACACAUACUGCUCAAAGUCAGACACUGAUAUGUUCUGUCGGGAGGUGUCCAUCCUGUGUCGUCUCAACCACCCCUGUGUGAUCCAAUUUGUGGGGGCAUGUCUGGAUGACCCCAGUCAGUUUGCCAUAGUAACCCAGUAUGUGUCUGGAGGAUCCCUGUUCUCACUGCUGCAUGAGCAAAAAAGGAUCAUUGAUCUGCAGUCCAAGCUCAUCAUUGCCAUUGAUGUGGCCAAAGGAAUGGAGUAUCUGCACAAUCUGACCCAACCAAUCAUUCACAGAGACCUCAACAGUCAUAAUAUUCUGCUCUAUGAGGAUGGGCAUGCUGUGGUGGCUGAUUUUGGAGAGUCACGCUUCCUGUUGUCAAUGGAUGAAGACAAUAUGACCAAACAACCCGGAAACCUGCGCUGGAUGGCCCCAGAGGUGUUUACCCAGUGUACACGCUACACUGUGAAAGCAGACAUGUUCAGCUAUGCCCUCUGCCUGUGGGAGCUGCUCACAGGGGAGAUUCCAUUUGCCCAUCUCAAACCAGCUGCAGCCGCUGCAGAUAUGGCCUAUCAUCAUGUCCGUCCUCCAAUUGGCUACUCAAUCCCUAAACCCAUCUCAGCACUGCUGAUGAGGGGCUGGAAUGUCUGUCCGGAGGAAAGGCCUGAGUUUUCUGAGGUGGUAGCCAAACUGGAGGAAUGCCUGUGUAAUGUGGAGCUUAUGUCUCCGGCCUCAAGUAACAGCAGUGGCUCUCUAUCCCCCUCCUCCUCCACGGACUGCCUGGUGGCACGCGGCAGUCCCGGACGAAGUCAUGUAGCUGCCCUCCGCUCACGAUUCGAGUUGGAAUACGCCCUCAAUGCACGCGCAUAUGCAUUUUGGAGCCAAAACUCUGAUCGCCGAUCUUCGCAGGGGUUGUCCCUGGAUGAGCUGAGGAGGAACAUGCAGUUUCCACCCAUUGACAGAAAUGGAUAUGUGUCAGAUCCCUUGAGUACCAUGCGUUUCCAUUCAUGCAGCAGUAAUGGAAGCUUUGAGGACAGCAACUAGAAGCAGCAACUCUCCAUAGAACGUCACAUGCGAACACAAGCACGUUUGUUAAGCUAUCUAAAUAAGGACAUACCAGAAAAUUCCAUUGUUUUUAUAUAAAACGUAUCUCCCACACCCUAAAUCUAACAGAAAAUGUUUUGCUUCAUUACAAUUUUAAAAAUACUUAUUUAUGUAUGGAUUGUUUUUCCAAAUGAGGACGUCCAAAAAUGUCCCCAAAGGCAGGUUUUAUGAAGCUGUCAUCUGAGGACAUGUGAGGCGUCUUUUUCUCAAACUAGAGACUCUGAUGUACUUAUCCUCUUGUUUAGUUGUACAUCUGGCUUUCCACAUUCUCUAGGGCCAGUUGUCCUUUGUCUUUGAAGACUGUAGCAUACGACUUUAUAUGAAAUCUUAAAUUUUUUGGUCAAUUUCAAGUAUUGCAAAGCCUUCAUUCCUCAAAAAAAUGAUUGACUGAUGAGUUUCUAGAGAAAGCUGUUUCUUUUUUUGUAAUUUUUGACAUAAUAUUGACCUAAAGACAUGCCAGUCUAUUGCAUACUGUGGCAACUCAAAAACAAACACAAAUACAAUGUUAAGCUUCAUUUAAUGAACCACAUAGCCUUCAACUGUGUUUGAUAUAAUGUCAAGUGAUUUUCUAGUGCCAAAUUAGUAAUAUAGCAUGAUUACUCAAGGAAAAGAUGUUGGAGUGAUGGCUGCUGGAAAUGGGGCCUGUCUAGAUUUGAUCAAAAAUGACUUUUUUCAAAUAGUGAUGGGACUGUUUUUUUACAUUAGUAAUGUCCUGACUAUACUUUUUGAUCAGCUGAAUGCCACUUUGGUGAAUUAAAGUACCAAUUUCCUUACAAAACAGCAAAAUCUGUACAUUAUUCCAAACUUUUGGCCGCAAAUGUAUAAUCACGACUUUGUAAUUUCUUUGUGUGCAUGUAAGAUUAUUAUAUUAAUUUUAAAUGUUUUAUAAAUCUAUUAUCUUUCAGUGGACCCUCUUCACAGACUGUGAUGACUCCUUGAUAUAAAUCAUAAAUCUACCCAAAUUUCUUUUAUAUUUUAAAUGUUUUAAUUAUUUAAUAUACAUUUAAUGUACAGUACAUUAUUCUUUGUGUCAUAUUAAUCUGGCAUUAAUAGUAAUAUUAAAAAGUCAGCACUGCUGCAAUGCGGUUUCAUAUACAGCCACUGAGGGAGUCACCGUAAUUUGCCAUCUUUUGCUCUUCUGACUGCCGUAAACCAUCUCUUUCUGUUUUUUUUUAAUCUUUUGGAAUGUCUUCGAAACAUAAUAGUGGUUUGUUUCUUUUGCUGUUGAAGCAAAUGGAAAUGCAAAAAUAAUAUUAGCUAUGGUCUCCCAUGUACCUCUAUUGAAGUUUAUCCCGCUAUAAUUUAUUUCCAAGCUCCAAACCCGGAAAUGUGAAAAGAGUCCACAGUGAAAUGUAGUGUACAGCAUACAUACUAUUAUCUUUAUGUUUUAGAGACAUUCAAAAGUCAUAAAGCUUUUAUUGUUAUUGUUGUAAAAGGGUUUUUAGAUAUUGUUUUUGGUGUCUGAAUGUAAAGUAAAUAUCUGGUAAAAAUAAUGUUUUUCAGUAUUUUAUUAUUUCAAAAGCAAACAUUCACUUAAUUUUAGAAAAGAGAAUGGACUUAUACAGGAAGUUGAUAGCUAAUUUAAAAAGCUCACGACUGAUGUCACUGAACAGCAAAGGCACUAUUAAAUUGAAGCAGUUUAGUAGUUUGCAUCUCUACCUUGAGUCUCGGGUAAAAACGUCUCAAUUUUAUUCUAACUCCAUGAUCACCAUGAUUAUCAUAAAUAAUUUAUAAAACAAACAAUAAACAACAAAGUAGUAACAAAUCUAUUGAUCUAAUGGUGCUUAAUGGUUCAUUCU